GUGCCGUCGGAGAAGGUAAUCUACCUUCGCCAGCACCAGCGACGUCUCUGACUUCCUCCAGUAGGAGUUCAAAUGUGAAUUGUCCCCAAUCCCCCUCAAGUUCAUUGCACUUAACUCCUGACGCAACGCGUGUGGAAUGUAUUGAUGAGCCAAGCGACAAAAGCAAGUUUACAUCCAACACUUUACCCGCUAACAGGGCUCAUAGAAUCCCUCAGAACUCUUUGGACUUCUUAUCUAACGAAAAGACGAGCAAAGAGGUCAAACGUGUCCCAGUGGGAAUUUAAGGACUUCUGUUCCCCUGUACCAGACAAAAAACCUACACAGAGGGUGGAGCCUGGCAGCCACCGCUCAAACCCAUCUGUCGUCAGCUUUGCAAGUUUACUUAGGAAAAAACAGUUGGUGAAGGUCGGCAGCCUCUCGGAAAAACCACCUUACGGCAACCAACAUGGCGGCACUAACACGCAGAUCAAACAUUUUAAGAAAAGGAAAGGCAAAAAGCCCCGGUGGACAAAAGUGCCCAACAAAACGACCCAGAAAGUAUCGCCUGAGCAUGGUGGGGUAAGGCCGGCAUCAGUGGGAAGUGAGCGGUCUCAGCGGGGCACACCGGAGAAAUCUUCCGGGAAAACCUCAGUUCAUGGUCAAGUUUCCAAGUCAUUGUCCAAAGCAAACCUUUCCAAUGAAGGAGCCAUCAAUGAAACGCACAAGCUGUACAGUUCCCAUAGGAAUUAUAGAAUGGUUUGUAUGUCCACCGAUGGCUCCAACGCUUACAAACCUAAGAGAGGGAAGCCUAAAAGUAAGGAUAUGCCCCAUCUGGAGGCCCCGAAAAGAGCACUUAAAAUCCCAGCUUUUAAAGUAGCCUCAUCACAAUCCAAAGAAGAGCAAGGGCCCCUUCUCCAGCCGGAGAUCGAGAUGUCGUCUCUAAAAACAAGCCUUCCCAGACCGGCGUUUCCCAGGAAGAGAGGGAGGCCAAGGAGGGAUUCCACUGCCCCGAUGCGAACUCCGCCUGUCCUGUCCGUCGCGCCUUUUCUGGUGACCGAUAAUCGCAAGCAAACCGAGUGCGAAAAGGAGAAGCAACAGAACGACGAGCAUCUGAACAGCAGGCUCCACGCUGACGACGCCGGCGCUAAUUGCUCAGAGGCAGAUAAGAAAUCUCUGAAGAAAAAUAACGGGCAACUUGUGAAAAAUAUCAUCCGGAAGAUAAAUAAGAUGAAGACUAUGAAACGGAAGAAGCUGCUGAGUCAGAUUCUCUCUAGCACGGCCGAGCAAAGCUCUAGGGGGAAGGCUCCGGUGAAGCUGCAAGGUACGGUAUCGACCCUCGCGGCCACGUUCACUUCCAAAUUGGGUCAGCAAAUCAACGUCAGCAAGAAAGGCACAAUCUACAUGGGCAAGAGGCGAGGCAGGAAGCCCAAGUCAACGUCGGAGACCAGCAAUUCCACCUGCUCUCCGGCGUUGGAGAAUACUGCCCAGCAGGAGGCUCACUCAAUGUUGGGUCAAGUUGUAGCACCCGUCAUAUCUCCAAACAUAUCCAGGCCUGAGGUUCUUCCCUCUCCAGCCAGUUCCCUCUCACCUGGAGCCAGCGGUGCCCAGAGCCCCAUCGGCAGCGAUGUCAGCUUUGUGGAGCCAAGCCCUGUGCCAUAUCCCCACCCACACUCCAGACAAGGUACCUUCCUUCAGACCCUCGCCAUGAGGAAAGCCUCCAAGGACUGUAGACAACUGUCACCCCCAACGUUGCUGCCAAACUCUCCCUCCCACUUACACGAAAUCACUUCCUUAAAGGAAGCCACGUCUUCCCCCAUCAGCGAGUCUCACAGCGACGAGACCAUCCCCAGCGACAGCGGCAUCGGGACGGACAACAACAGCACGUCAGACCGGGCGGAGAAGUUCUGCGCACAGAAGAAGAGGCGGCAUUCCUUCGAACACAUUUCCCUUCUGGCGCCUCAGACCUCGCCAGUUCUCAGCACCCUGAAAGAGAAACACAAGCACAAGUGCAAGCACAGGGGUCACGACUUCCUCACUUACGACAAACUCAAGAGGCAAAAGCGGAAGCGGAAAAAGAAGUACCCGCAGCUGCGUGCCCGGCAGGACCCGGACUUCCUGGCCGAGCUGGAGGAGCUCAUAACACGCUUGAGUGAGAUCCAUGUUUCUCAUAGGAGCCACCAUUUCAUCCCCAGGGAUCUGCUCCCUACUAUAUUCCGUCUCAAUUUCAACAGCUUCUACAGCCACCCAACCUUCCCCUUGGAUCCUUUGCACUACAUCCGAAAACCAGAUUUAAAAAAGAAGAGGGGGCGGCCCCCCAAGAUGCGGGACUCAAUGUCAGAGAUGCCAUUCGUCCACAGUCUUGGUUUUCCCCUCUCUAGCACUGGCUUCUACCCUUCAUACAGCAUGCCUUACUCCCCUUCCCCCAUCACUGCUGCCCCUAUUGGCUUAAGUUAUUAUGGACGGUACCCCCCCACUCUGUACCCUCCUCCACCUUCUCCUUCCUUUACCAACCCGAUGCACCCCCCUUCCUACAUGCAUGCGGGCCAUUUAUUGCUGAACCCUGCCAAAUACCAUAAGAAGAAACACAAGCUCCUGCGCCAAGAGGCGUUCCUGACCACCAGCCGCACCCCUCUCCUCCCCGUGGGCACCUACCCCAGCGUCCCGCCGGAUAUGGCCUACGGCUGGAUGGUUGAGCACAAGCACCGCCACCGCCACAAACACCGCGAGCACAGAUCAGACCCACAGCAGCUUUCCAUGGACUCUUUGGCUGGGGUGGGCUCUUCUAGGACGGUUCUGGAGUCAUUAAAACGUUACAGGUUGGGGAAGGACAAUAUUACAGAGCGGUACAAACACAAAGACAAGCACAGGUGUCACUUACCUUGCACUCACCUAUCUCCUCCCAAGGGGCUGCUGAGCAGAGAGGAGCAGUGGGUGCGGAGGGAGGCACCCGAGUCUGGCCUGCUGACCCUGGGUCUCCAGACUCCAUUACAGAUCGACUGUUCCAACAGCUCACCCAGCCUGUCCCUCAGCGGCUUCACCUCUAGUUCUGAGCCGGCCAGCAGCGAUGAGCACACCAACCUCUUCACAAGUGCAAUAGGCAACUGCCGGGGCUCCAUGGCUGCCAACCAUGCCGGGGGCAAGACGCUAAGUGAUGGCCCUGCAUUCUUCACAGACAGCCGAUCUGCCAGGAAGGAGGCCGUACCAUCCUCAGCAGCUUCCCAGGAGCGUAGUCUGAGGACUCCGGACAAUUCCAGUUACAGUCCCUCUAGAAGAAGGACGGCAUCUGAGAGCACUUCAUGUUCAGUCAUGGGGGUCCCGUUGCGAAGCCUACGGCACAGUUCUACAAUGGAGGAACCUGUGGAUUGUUUGCUGCCACGCACAGUGGAUGACGUCCUCCCCUCCUCCUCCUCCAGUCCUGCCAGGGGGCACUGCCGGGAGAAAGGCCAGAGCCGCUCGGACACUUUGCUUGUUUCGGAAUCUCCUCCAGACGGUUUCGGCCCGUCGUCUGGUCGCCUGCCAAGCCUGAAGAGGAGUGUGGUGGAAGCCAUACACAAGCAGGCUCGGAGAUUGUACAACUACGAUACAAUCCUGGCCUCUAAGAAGAACAUGGACCACGUCAAUAAGAUCCUGAAGGCCAAGAAACUGCAGAGACAGUCCCGGACAGGAAACAACAUUGUCAAGAGGAGGCCGGGGAGGCCCAGGAAGUGUCCUCCUCCAGACUCUCUACUGGCCGUGGCCAGCCAGCAGGAGAAUGUCACCGCCCGAGCAGCAGACACCGUGACGGACGUCAUCGAGGCCGUAGUGCAGGGCGUGACCGCUGAGCACCGCAAGGGAUGGAAGAGGAAGCAACUGGGUGUGGAGAAGCCGAUGAGGAAACGUCUGAGGACGUCAUUGGAGGAAGACCCGGAGAGCAACACAAGUCUGGCGGAGAUCUCUUUCAUCGAUGACUCUACAGGUCGGGACAUCGGCCUGAGUCCCCAGGAACAGGCGGAGGCGUUUUCCCGUCAUCUGGCUCCUCCCCUGCAGCGGGAGAAGAAGAUCACACGUCCCCCCAAAAAGAAAUACCAGAAGGCCGGACUCUUCUCCGAUGUCUAUAAAACCACUGACCCAAAGAGUCGUCUGAUUCAGCUGAAGAAGGAGAAAUUGGAGUAUAACCCGAAGGAGCACGAGUACGGUCUGCUCCCUGCCCCCAUCCAUAUUGGGAAAUAUCUGCGACAUAAGAGGAGUGACUUCCAGCUUCCAUAUGACAUCCUGUGGCAGUGGAAACACAACCAGUUGUAUAAGAAGCCGGAUGUUCCCCUUUACAAGAAGAUCCGAUGCAAUGUGUAUGUGGAUGUGAAGCCGCUGUCGGGAUAUGAGGCCACCACAUGUAACUGUAGGAGGUCGGACAGUCUGGUGGACUGGGGCUGUGUGGAGGAUUGCCUGAAUCGGAUGAUAUUUGCUGAGUGUUCCCCGAAUACCUGUCCCUGCGGGGAGCGGUGCAGCAACCAGCGAAUCCAGAGACACGAGUGGGUCCAAUGCCUGGAGCGAUUCCGGGCCGAGGGGAAGGGGUGGGGCAUCCGCACCAAGCAGCCACUCAGAGCCUCGCAGUUCAUCAUCGAGUAUCUGGGGGAAGUGGUGAGCGAGCAAGAGUUCAGAAAUCGGAUGAUUGAACAAUAUCACAACCACAACGAUCACUACUGCCUCAGCCUGGACUCGGGAAUGGUGAUCGACAGUUACCGGAUGGGCAACGAGGCGCGCUUCAUCAACCACAGCUGUGACCCCAACUGUGAGAUGCAGAAAUGGGCUGUGAAUGGGGUGUACCGCAUCGGUCUGUACGCCUUGAAGGACAUGCCAGCGGGAACUGAGCUGACCUACGACUACAACUUCCACUCGUUCAACACCGAGCAGCAGCAAUUGUGUAAGUGCGGCUUUGAUCGAUGUCGGGGGAUCAUCGGUGGGAAGAGUCAGAGAAUGAACGGACUGACCAACAAAGGCGGCCAUCAGGUUCCUCACCGCAGGCUGGGGCGCUCCAAGGAGAAGAGGAAGUCCAAGCACCGGCUGAAGAGAAGGAGGGGUCACCACAGCGAGGAUCGCAGCGACAGUGUCGGGGCAUCCAAUAGACUCGGCUCCCAACUCCACAUGAAACCCAUGUCCAACCGGGAGAGGAACUUUGUGUUGAAGCACAGAGUCUUCCUGAUCCGGAAUUGGGAGAAGACCCGGCGGAGACACGAGGAGGUGAAGAGCGAGUUGAGCGCGGCGUCUCUGUAUACCCGCUGGAACGGAGUGUGCCGAGACGAUGGGAACAUCAAAGCUGACGUCUUCAUGACCCAGUUUGCUGCUCUGCAGACGUCGCGCUCGGUUCGCACUCGCCGGCUGGCUGCGGCGGAGGAGAACAUCGAGGUGGCACGGGCCGCCCGCCUGGCACAAAUCUUCAAGGAGAUCUGCGAUGGAAUCGUCUGCUGUAAAGAUUCCAUGAACAGGAUCCUGGCAGCCCCCCUGAUCAGUCUUCCACCCAAGAAAAAGAACCCGUAUUACUAUGAGAAGGUGGGGGACCCCCUGGACUUGCUGACCAUUGAGAAGCAGAUCCUUAGCGGUCAUUAUAAGACGGUGGAGGCCUUUGAUACGGACAUGUUGAAGGUUUUCCGCAACGCUGAGAAAUAUCACGGGAGGAAGUCCGCCAUUGGCCGGGACGUGUGCCGGCUGAGGAAGGCGUAUUACAGCGCGCGGCACGAGUCCUCGGCGCAGAUCGAUGAGAUCAUGGGGGAGACGGCGAGCGAGGCGGACAGCUGUGAGACCUCCUUGUGUGAUAAAGAUGGCGGACAUGAGAAGGAGGAUGACAUCAUCCGCUGUAUCUGCGGCCUCUACAAGGACGAGGGGCUGAUGAUUCAGUGUGAGAAAUGUAUGGUCUGGCAGCACUGUGACUGUAUGGGGAUGACGACGGAUGUUGAACAUUACCUGUGUGAGGGGUGUGACCCGCGGCCGGUGGAUCGGGAAGUUCCCAUGAUCCCGUGUCCUCACUACGCCCAGCCGGGAUUCAUCUAUUUCAUCUGCCUCCUGCGCGACGAUCUGCUCCUCCGACAAGGAGACUGCGUGUAUCUCAUGAGGGACAGCCGGCGGACGCCAGACGGACAGCCGGUGAGACAAUCCUACCGCCUCUUAUCUCACAUCAACCGCGACAAACUCGACAUCUUCCGCAUAGAGAAGCUGUGGAAGAACGAGAAGGGUGAACGAUUCGCCUUCGGUCACCAUUAUUUUCGGCCCCACGAGACGCACCACGCGCCGUCACGCAAGUUUUACCACAAUGAGCUUUUCCGCAUGCCGCUGUAUGAGAUCAUCCCGCUGGAGGCUGUGGUGGGGACAUGCUGCGUGCUGGACCUGUAUACGUACUGCAAAGGCCGGCCGAAGGGAGUGAAGGAGCAAGACGUUUAUAUCUGUGACUACCGGCUGGACAAAUCGGCGCACUUAUUCUACAAAAUCCACCGGAACCGCUACCCGGUCUGCACUAAGAGCUACGCCUUCGACCACUUCUCCAAGAAGAUGGCCCCAAAGAGAGACUUCUCUCCUCACUAUGUGCCAGACAAUUACAAGAGGAACGGCGGCAGGUCAUCAUGGAAGUCCGACCGGCCCAAACCCCCCAACGCCGAGGACCCCAUGCCCUUCAUGGAGGAUCUGAUGGUGAACCAUGACCCGGCGGCACAGGAGGACUCGGAGGUGGGCUCCACGCAGCUGGAGGGCGGAGAUAGCGCCGCGGUGGAGAUUGAAAGCCCCCCGCUACGUCUCUGCUCCCCCGAGAGACAGCAAGCCAAAAGAGACAAGCUCAACCGGAUCCUCCUCCACCUGCUGGACAAACUACCCAGCAAGAACGCCAUCGAUGUGACGUAUUUGCUGGAGGAGGGUCCCUGCAGGAAGCUGAGGAGACGUACGCUCAACCUACCCGAAUGCGUCUUCAGGAAGUGAGGGCGGGGCCUGUUGUGUCCAAAAUAUAAAGGAGGCGGCAGGACGUCACUAUGGACCCUGCGGGGGGCGGCUCCUUGUCUGCCAUAGCACUUACCAUCACCCAGAAGGAGCAGAGAACGUUCCGGAGCCCAUUGUGCACUGUGUGCGUAUUGCAAGCAUUGUGGGCGGAGCCCCGCAGGCCCUGUCAUGGCGGCUUCCUGUGCUGUGUGGUCACUUCUUCCCGUCUCAUCGCUGGACGUCUCUGCUACCCUUCCAUGAUGAUCCAUUGUCCAGUCUUUUUACGCACUUUUCACGGAAACAGCACUUUCCUCUCCCAAAAAAAACAUGGCGGCCAUCCUGGAGAACCGCAGGAAGAGGGGGAUCCCUCCCGAUUGGAUGAAGGAAUUCCUGUGCCGCAAACUGGAACCUCGGCGUCCAAUUGGGAUGUACAGGGUGGAAGCUGGACUCCCUCUGAGCGCUCCUUCAUGACAGGGCGGCCAUGUUCCCUCUGGAGAAGAUGAUAAAAGGCACUUCUAUGGCGGCUCCGCCAACCAAUCCCAUCAGAUCCGCCUAUAUUUAUUUCCCCCAAUAUCGGACAACCGCGAAGAGGCACUUUACCUGAACAGUUCACAUAAUAGAGAGCGCCCUCACCUGGACAAGAGUCCACACUACCCAUCCCCCUAGACGGACCCGCAGGGCCCUCAUAACCUCCCAGCGCCCGGGAACAAGGACGUCCUGGCCAACCGAGGUUACAAAACUCAAGCAAAGCCCAAGGAUUUUGUUUUGUCGGUUUUAAUGUCCUUAUAAAAAAAAGAGAUUGUUUAAUAAUGUGCCAAGUAAGGGGUGUGUAUAUAUUAUAUAUAUAUAUAUAUAUACAUGAGUAUAUAAGCGUGGGUGUAAAGCAAUACUAUACAUGUGGGCUCCGCGGAGCCGCGUCUGACGUAUACAGCUCCGCGUUCUGUCGUCCCGACCGCCAGCUCCAGACACAGAAAAAAAAAAAAAUGAAAAUUCCUUUCAGUAUAAAAAGAAGAAAAAAUAAUAAGAAUAUUUUAUUAAAAAAAAAAAUAAAGCCAGAGAAGUGUUUUGAAUAUUUUCUUACUGCUCAGCCGGUGUGGAGUAUGUAAUACUUUCUGCGGCUCGCCCACUUCCACCUCCAUUAAAAAAAUAAUAAUAAAGGGAAAAUGAAUUUAUUGUAAUCGAGUCAUUAUACGAGAAGACGACGACGACGGCUCCGACUGACAAUCACAGGAUUCCGAUCGAGCAGCGAUAUAUAUAUAUAUUCCUCUGUGUGUGUGCCUGUGUUUAUGAGGUUCUUGUUUUUUUUCUUACCGGUGUAGAAAUGUCAUUUUUGUUGUUUUAUAAUAAUAAUAAUGGAAGCAGAAGGUUUCUACAGUCUAGAAGCACUACAGAGUGGCGCGCCCGGCCCCAUCGGGUUCUGUAAUUUGCUGCUAAUUUCUUUCAUUUUUACAAAGAGAGGAGAGACAUAACCUUAGUGGAUUGUUUUUGAUGUUAAUCUCUGUAAAUCUCUGUAUUCCCGAUUCUAGCAAUGGAUGUACUCUGCAGUCUCAGCUCCUGAGAAUCUAGUAUUAAACAGAAAAAGUCCUGGUUUUCCUACUCGGCA